GUUGAUGGACAGUUUUUUAAAAGCGCCGUAUCGGGUAUCUAUAAACAAAAAGUCAACCAUGCUGAUCCCAAAGACAACAGCACUUUUGACCAGGUGUACUUCACGAGCGACGCCCACUACAAAGCGGGUGGUCCCGUAUUUUUCAUGUUUGGCGGCGAGGGGGCAGCCAGUUCAUUUUGGUUGACCAGCAGCAAUAUGGCGGACAACGCAAAGAAGUACGGCGCUCUACUCGUCGAGUUGGAGCACCGGUUCUACGGGGAGUCCCAACCCUUCGCGGAGCUAACCGUCGAUAACCUGAAACACCUGAACAGCGAACAGGCCCUCAAAGACGCUGACGAAUUCAUA